AUGUUUGACCCAGCAAUGUUUUUAGAAUCUGGACGGGCAGACAUCACUGAAUGCCAACAGCAUGCGCUAUUGGCAUUUGACAUUGCAAAAGCAGUUCUGAUCCCUCCCUCUGUCUGCUCUGCGAGCUGCUUCCCAGGAUACAGAAAGGUCCCACAAGAAGGACGACCCAAGUGCUGCUAUGAUUGUGUCCCAUGUCCAGAAGGAGAGAUCACUAACGUAACUGCAGAUAUGGAUAGUUGCAUCAGAUGCCCUGAUGACCAGUGGUCUAACCCUAGAAGAGAUAAAUGUGUCUCAAGGAUCAUAGAGUUCCUCUCGCAUCAUGAUCCCCUUGGUAUAGUUUUUGCUGUAUCUGCUAUUUCACUCACCGCUGUGACUGUAACCGUAUUUGUGAUAUUUAUUAGACACAAGGAAACUCCAGUCGUAAGAGCCAACAACCAGAACCUCAGCUAUGUGCUACUCAUCUCCCUCAUGAUGUCAUUUCUCUGCUCCUUCCUAUUCAUUGGACGUCCCACAAAGAUUUCCUGUCUUCUUCGACAAGCAGCUUUUGGAAAUAUUUUCACUGUUGCUGUGUCUUGUGUGUUGGCAAAAACUGCCAUUGUUAUCUUUGCCUUUAGGGCAACAAAACCCGAUAGUAGAAUGAGGAGGGGGUUUGGUAAGAAUAUCUCAAGCUCCCUGAUACUUAUCUGCUCCUUUGGGGAGGUUUUCAUAUGUGUUGUAUGGGUCAUAUACUCUGCUCCAUUUCCUGAAUUUAAUACCCAGGUAGAGAUUGCCAAGACAAUACUACAAUGUAAUGAAGGGUCUAUAACGGCAUUCUACUUUAGUAUUGGUUACAUGGGGCUGUUGGCUUUAUUUAGUUUUAGUGUAGCAUUUUUAGCCAGAAAACUGCCGGACACUUACAAUGAAGCUCAGUACAUUACCUUCAGCAUGCUGGUGUUCUGCUGUGUUUGGGUCACAUUUAUCCCAGCCUACCUCAGCACCAAAGGCAAAUACAUGGUGGCUGUAGAGAUAUUUGCUAUCCUGGCAUCUGGUGCUGGACUCCUGUGUUGUAUCUUUAUGCCCAAAUGUUAUAUUAUACUAAUGAGACCUGAUCUAAAUGUGAGGGUCAGUAUAAAGGUGGAAAGAAAAGGCAAAAGAUUAAUAUCAAGUUAA